UGAAUAGAGAGAAAUCCAGGCAGUGCCACUUGAAACAAAUUAUUUCUUAAAUAAAACUGUAUCAAAUUUAGCAAGGAAUUGAUUGUACAUAUUAAUUAGAAGCUCAUAUUGUCACUUACAACUUCAGAUAAUAAAAUAUGAUGUAAUUAGAAUAAAAUAAGACUACAGAAAACAUGUUGCAGCAGUUUUCUUAGUGCAUAUGACAUUUCAAAACUGCAGCUGGUUAGAUAGAUUCAUGUUGAGGUUCGGCAAGCGAAAGAAGAGGUAUUUCAAAUAGCUGCAGUGCUGACUGCUCGAACGGGAAUGUGUUGUUUAUUUGUUUAUAGAAGGAACGUAUCAUAGAUAAUAUAUAUAGUAUUUUGUCUAUCGAAAUGUUUAUUUACAUCGCUUACAAAGACUCUCCGGAGCUAUCUUCGUUUCGUCGAACAUCCACAGACGCUGAUCUUUCCGUCGAAAAAACUCUGUUAGUGAACCCCAACUGUCCAGUCAGAAUUAUGUUAGAAUAUAUUAGGAAGAAAUGUAAAUUGGGAAUAUACACAAAUUUUGAUCUUUGCGAUGAAAGUGGUGGGCUAAUGGGCUUGUUCAAUUUACCUUCAUAUGCAUACGCCACUGAUCAAUUUGCACAUAAAAAGACGUAUUAUGUUAUUGUCAUAAAACAGGAAAAUGAGAAACGGGUAUCUGUGUUACCACAACUGAAUCGAGAGAACCGAAUUUAUUUGGAAUUAAAGGCGAGGGUAAAGCGUUUCCUGCUCACUGGUAACGUCAGCCCUCAGACAACCUCACCAGCCAAGGUGACCCCUCCACCACCCAACAAGGUUACAGGAAAGAAGAAAUAGAUUUCUAUAGUUUUAUUGGUGAUUUUAAUUUACAUAAAUACUCGUAUUUGAUGUAACAAUUUGUUUUUUAUUGUGAUGUGAU